AUGUUCUCUUGUUUUGGGACGACUCAAUUACACGUGGAUGGUCCCAUCAUAAUCUUCUUGGUCAAAGAGCGUGUUUUGGUUGAGGGAAACAAACGGGAGAUUAAGGAUUUCGAAGUUUUGUACAGUAGAUCGGUAGGUGAAGUUCGUUGUAUUUGUUGUUGCUUUAAUUUUUAUGGAUAUCUAUGCCGGCAUGCAUUGUGUGUACUCAACUUUAAUGGGGUGGAAGAGAUUCCUCCUAAGUACAUUCUUUCAAGGUGGAAGAAAGAUUACAAGCGCCUUUAUAAUCCUGAUCACAACUCAGAUAGUUCUGAUAGUAUUGGCAGUAUUCAGUUGUGUAAUAAGUUAUUUAAAAGUGUCCUACAAGUUGUGGAGGAGGGAAUGAUUUCUGGAGACCAUUACAAUGUAGCGUUGCAGGCUUUUGAAGAAUCACUUAAUAAGGUUCAUGACAUAGAACAGAGACACGAGUAA